AUGUUUCUGAGAGACGGCAGUGAUCGCCUGCGACGCGGAGGCCCAGCCUCCGCAAGCCUUUUCUGCAUGCUAAAUGUGGGGAUAGUCGAUGGGCCAGCUUCCACGCACUUCGUGGACAACUUCGCAGACAUCCCGUUGCCAAUAUCCUACAUCUGCGCGGCCGCUGCAGACAGCACUUCAGAUGCCUUGCUUGCAGACCGUGACCUGACACAAGGCGGAUGUGUGGUCUCUGAUCGUGCAGACCAGGCUGUGCAAAACUGCCGGCGGUGCACGCUUUGUCAGUUCGGAAUCAGUCGGCCCUUCUUUCAACAUUUUGCAUAUUCUGCACCUUUCUUUUCGCCUUCCGCCAACCCACCCCGCUUCAGGAAGACCACUGCGCGAACGGUGCCUGCAUAG